AUGAUGGUUUUCAAGUGGGUACCGCUCCCCGAGGAUCAUGCUAAGAAAAGCGCCUUCUGUCGUCCCCAACCAAACCCCCUUUCAUCAAGCAGUGGUAGUAUUUUGCCCAACUCGACGAAGCCGCCUGAACUACGGACAGAGGCUCCUCUACCACCCUUCGCGACCCCCACCGUCACCUCCGAUGUGGUGCGCAAAGACGCCGCAGUCUCUGAAAGCAAAGAGCCAAUGGAUACCUCCGAGGACAAAGGUUUGGGACUCUUUAAUUAA